UUGGUGCAUAUGUUGUAGCCGUUGUAGUUUAAGAGAAGUAACAUAUGUAGCUCGUUAAACAUUGUUAAGGGCUAUCUUUGAUUGAGUGCUGAACGAUUUUAAACUUGUUUUUUAACAUUAUGUCACAUUUAAACAAGAAAUCAAUUGUUUUGUUGUUUUUGUUCAAUGCCUUAUCGUUUUCUCACUGUUUGGAUCCUAUUACAGCAGCUGCUUUGGGUGGUGCUGUAAUUUCUGCAGGUUAUGCGUCUUAUUAUUUCAUCAAUUGCAAAUACAACGAAUGUUGUAACGACGAUUGGAUCAAGUUUAACUAUGACGGUUUAAAAAAUCAAAUGGAAAAAAAUGUGUAUGGACAACCUUUAGCGAUAAAUAUUGUACUAAAGACAUUAAAAGGUUUCCUGGCAAAAAAAGAUUCUAAAAAGCCAUUAGUUAUGUCAUUUCAUGGAACAACAGGAGUUGGCAAAAACUUCAUAACUCAGAUGAUUGCUGAUAAUUUGUACAAGAACAGUACUCAUAGCAAGUACACUCACUACUAUCAUGCUAAUAAUAAUUUCCCUGAUCCAGAGAAGGUUUCUGAGUAUAAGGAGUUGCUCCGCAAUGAUAUAAUGGCUUUUGCAAAGCUGUGUGACAGAUCUUUAUUUGUUUUUGAUGAAGUACAUCAAAUGCCACCUGGUAUUUUAGAUGCAAUAAAGUCUUUCUUGGAUUAUCAUAACAAUAUUGGUGGUGUUGAUUUUCAAUUUGGGCAGUCAAGUUUCGAUAACAGGGUAUCUUUUGCCAUUGGCACAGAUGAUAAAGAAAAUUUAUAA